AUGCCUUCUGCGGCGGUGGUCAUCAUUUCUUCCUCGCCGCCCCCAGCGUUCGCACCGUCUCCGACGCCUGCUGAAUCUCCGUCACCCUCGAAAUCACCCAGUACCCCUGUCAGAGACGGAGCCAAACGAUUCAAAAAGUCAAGCCAGACAAGACAUGGGUUCUCGCCUGGCUUUAGCAGUGCGCAUGCCCUUUUGGCUCGACCGGGGGCAGAAAAUAUUCCCUUGCAGUCUCCCUGCAGAUCAAAAUUCAGGCUGCAAGCAUCAGAACAAGCCCGAGACGGAUUUGGAAAUCGGACCACGACGGCGCAAUAUGUGAGAAAGAGGACAGAUUCUCAAACCGAGCAGCUCUCGAACCAUUUCAAACCCUCCAAGUCGUGUGCUUCCUUGGCGGCAACGAGUGCGGAAGUCGCGCAGGAGGAAGAUCAACUUGGCUAUAAAGACGGCUGUGGGGCUCUAAUAUCGGCUGGAAACAACAAAGGAUCCGUCAUUGGUAGACAUUCAAGCCCACGGCCGAUGGAGAAGGCCGUGCCACGAAGAUUGGACUGGACUCCUGUCAAAUCAGAUGAGUACACAUGGGAGACUCCGGAGUCGGAACAACAAGAAAAUAGACUGUCAAAUACUCUUCUGGAUGCUUACGCCUAUUCUGCGUCCGCUACCAGUGGACCUCAGGUGGCAACUAAGAAAGUCAAUGGAAACGGCGACCAGUCCAAGAGAAAACGGAUUGACCUUGUAAUGACCACUUCAACGACACCGUCAUCGUCUGUCUCGCAGUUGCGCACCGGCAAAGAGGCAAAGGCCGGUAGUAGGGGCAAAGGGAGAGCACCUUCCAAGAAGGCUCUGACGAUCACGGCUUUGGCUACUUCUGCUUAUUGUGACGGCCAAAGUAAAGAGGGCAAGCUACAGCCGAUGAUGGAGUACCUGGCAUCAACUCAAGCGGCUAUCGGCAACGAUUGUGAGUCGGGGAUCGACGUGAGCCUGAAGAAAUUCUCUAAGCCUAAGGCUUCGUCCAAGAAAGCGGGUUCAUCAAAGAAACCACCGGUGAAGAGUCGAUUAGUCUCUCCUACAUCUGCGAUGAAGAUGACCCUUGAGCAACCGUUCUUGUUCGGUCCAGCCAGUCAACUGGCACGAGACGAAUCCCCUACACUGAUGCGUGACACCAUGGCCGCGCUUCAGCAAUCCGAAGAGAUCCUAUCUGAUCCUUUCUCUCCGCAACGGACCCAGCCGUUCUCGAUUGAAUCAACUUCACCUAGAGUCGUGCGUGGGACGAAUCGCCUGGUCAGGCGAAGAAACCUGUGGAGUGCGGCCGGCCGAGACGCAGACAAUGCUCUGUUGCAGGUUGAGACGGUGGACAUGACCGACUCUCCCGCCGUACGCCAGGCUCUUGCUGGCAAGGAUGCUCUUAUGCAGCCUGACGGCCCUCACCACCACCAUAUAGGACACGCGGACGAUGGGAACACUCGUUCAUCAGUCGUUCGAACUCCUUGUACCAGGAGCGUAGGACCGGUGAUUGACAUCUACGAGAUCGAGACCCCUGGUCUUCGUGGACCCGUUGUACAUUCCACGAACCCUCCCGUGAGAGGGAUGCAUACUUUACGGACUGUGAAGGGACAACACGACGACAGUUGCGCCGAGGCCCAGCCUGGCGGAGCACAUCCCAAACCAGUGGACGCCUCUCCGAGACCAAAGGCGGUCAUGCCAUCUUACGACGGGUGGUCCGACCCUGAGCUUAAGAAACAAGUGGCUGCCUAUGGUUUCAAGUCCAUCAGAAAACGCGAGAAGAUGAUUGAACUUCUUGAACGAUGCUGGAAGUCCAAGCAUGGUGUUGUGCAGGAUAGCGACGGGCCGGACAAUCCGGCCGAUACGUUGAGUCAUGGUGACUUUCUGAGUAAAGUCCAUGAUGUCUCUGUGAGGCCUACCCCUAAAGUCAAGAAACCCAGGGCCAAACGAAAAUCAGACAGCGGUGACCCAACGGCUCCGAAAGAGCCCAAGAAGAGGAAAAAAGCAGCAUCCAAGACAGAGGAGGGUUCGAAGAAAGAACAAGCCCCUCGACAGCGUAAGAAGAAAACCAAAGUGCUUUCCGAUGAGAAGAUUAUUGAUGUGGACGACAUCGGCGAGACCAAUACCAAGCAAGCAGCGGAGAAGCACGAGGAUCUGGCAGCAGCAUCAAACCAACCGGAGGAGAUCAGAGUCAAGGUCGGGCAAGUCAUGACUAGCGUUCCCACACCACCUCCUACGUUACCGAAGCCCGAAAUUACAAUAUCAACCCAUGGAGUCGAGGAUGCCCAGCCCUCUGCGCAUUCCGCUUCGAAUAUGGACGGCGCUGAGGUGCCGCCCGCUGUCCUCACACCCAAGCAAACACAGCCGACAGAUGUCAUGGUACAGAUACAUGCUGCUAUCCAUCAUCAUCCAGCUACGGGAUCCCGAAGCUCAGGCUCGCGCAAUCAUCAAACGUCACCCACCUGGCGGGAGAAGAUUCUCAUGUACGAUCCAAUCGUCCUCGAGGAGCUUACUGUCUGGCUCAACACAGAGGGCUUCAAAGCCAUUGGCGAAGAUGGGGAGGUGAGCCUGGUGGAAGUCAGGAACUGGUGCGAACAAAAUGGUGUUUGCUGCCUUGGUGGUUGGAGAGGACGCGGAAAGCACGGUGAAGGAGAAUGA